AUGCGGUCUGGACCAGGUACUCCGGCCUAUUCCAGCCCCGGAGCAAAGAGUUUAUCGAGGCCACCUUCUCCUCUUCAUUAUGCUGGCCCUGCCCGUGGCCCGCCCCCUAUGAGAAACCGUAGCCGAUCGCCGGCUCAGCAGUCGCCCUCGCGUCACUACUCCGAUCGUCUUGGUCCGCGAUCUCAUAGAGAUCGUGAGGGCGCAUUCAAUGCCGAUGCCGUCAACUGCCAAAACGGAUCCGGAAGCCUUGAUCGGGUUGAGAAAGAAAAUACUAAAGCAGACCAAAGCCGAGCUAGUCGCGAUACUCCAACCCAGCCAAGGAACAGCCGUACCAGCCAGUCCCCUCCAACAGGACCCGCUAACGACUCGAAUCCUACGGCAAACACGCACCAGGCCUCCUCGACUCUUUCUCUACUGUCAGCGCCGACACGCCCCCGCCGUGGUCCCGGCUCCCGAGAUGGUCCCUGGGGAGGAGGUCCAAUAGUACGCCGUGGCCCACCCACAACCACACCGCCGAAUGCCCCAUCAGGCCCUCGAGCCUCAUUCAUACCUAAUUCAGCCAGCGCAGGAUUUUCUGGGCCAGGACACUAUAGGCAUUCUACGCCUCGCCAGAAUAAUCCACCUCCCCUUACAACUUCGGCCCUCCCCAAAGCCACCAACCACCUCGCGAACCUGAGUACGGUGCUUCCAGGCGGACGGAUGCUACCAUCGGCACUGGAUGCGGCGACCGAAAAGCGAUUCUCACAGCUCGAGGCCGACCAGGAGAAGCUUCUAGAGCAGCUUGCUGAUGCCCAGAGGCUGAAACGAGCAGGUCUCCGUGACUGGGACCGACUGGAUCGAGAAACUUCAAUUUGCGCCCUGAAGAGCGAGUUAGCCGAAGGGCAUCUGCAACGCAUCGCAGACGAAAGCCUCGCAGGUGGAAUUCCGUUUUAA